UUUUCGGGCGGCUUUCGCCUUUUUUUGCCGCCCCCCCUCGCCUUUUGGGGAGCGCGAGGCGCGGAGGCGGGCUCGGGGGGCGCCUCUCUGCCGCCGGGGAGGUCUAUGGUGGUAGCAGCGGGGUGGCGGGGCAGAAAGCGAGGCGCCGAGGGGGCUGAGGAGGGGGCUCGCCGCGCCCGCCGCUGAGGAGGAGGAGGAAGAAGAGGCGAGGCACCAUUUGCUGCUCCCUGCCCCAGCCAUGGAGAACGCUCACACAAAGACUGUGGAGGAAGUUUUGGCUUAUUUCGGUGUCAACGAAAGCACCGGGCUCAGCCUGGAGCAAGUGAAGAAGCUGAAGGAGAAAUGGGGCUCCAACGAAUUACCAGCUGAGGAAGGAAAAACCUUACUCGAGCUUGUGAUUGAACAGUUUGAAGACUUACUAGUUAGAAUCUUGUUGCUGGCAGCUUGCAUAUCUUUUGUCCUGGCCUGGUUUGAAGAAGGUGAAGAAACAAUCACAGCAUUUGUAGAGCCUUUUGUAAUCUUACUUAUAUUAGUAGCCAAUGCAAUUGUGGGAGUGUGGCAGGAAAGAAAUGCUGAAAAUGCUAUUGAAGCUCUUAAAGAAUAUGAACCUGAAAUGGGCAAAGUAUAUCGACAAGAUCGAAAAAGCGUACAGAGAAUUAAAGCAAGAGACAUUGUCCCAGGUGAUAUCGUAGAAGUCGCAGUUGGAGACAAGGUUCCUGCUGAUAUAAGAAUUACUUCCAUCAAAUCUACAACUCUAAGGGUAGACCAGUCAAUUCUCACAGGUGAAUCUGUAUCUGUUAUUAAACAUACUGACCCUGUGCCUGAUCCUCGUGCUGUAAACCAAGACAAGAAGAAUAUGCUUUUUUCUGGUACUAACAUUGCUGCUGGUAAAGCUAUGGGAGUGGUUAUUGCAACAGGAGUAAACACUGAAAUUGGCAAAAUUCGUGAUGAGAUGGUGGCUACUGAACAAGAGAGAACUCCACUCCAGCAGAAACUGGAUGAGUUUGGAGAGCAGCUGUCUAAAGUCAUCUCGCUUAUCUGCAUUGCUGUUUGGAUAAUAAACAUCGGUCACUUCAAUGAUCCAGUUCAUGGUGGCUCCUGGAUUCGAGGUGCUAUCUAUUACUUUAAAAUUGCUGUUGCUCUUGCUGUUGCUGCUAUUCCUGAGGGUCUGCCUGCUGUCAUUACCACCUGCUUGGCUCUUGGAACCCGCAGAAUGGCCAAGAAGAACGCUAUUGUUAGAAGUCUUCCCUCAGUGGAAACCUUGGGGUGCACCUCGGUUAUUUGUUCUGACAAGACUGGUACUCUGACCACGAAUCAGAUGUCCGUUUGCAGGAUGUUUGUCCUGGACCGAGUAGAAGGAGAUAGCUGUUCUCUCAAUGAAUUUACUGUAACAGGUUCAACAUAUGCUCCCAUGGGAGAAGUGCAUAAAGAUGACAAACUUAUUAAAUGUAGCCAGUAUGAUGGCCUUGUGGAACUUGCAACCAUCUGUGCACUCUGUAAUGAUUCCUCUUUGGAUUACAAUGAAGCUAAGGGAGUAUAUGAAAAAGUUGGUGAAGCCACGGAGACAGCACUUACCUGUCUGGUUGAAAAGAUGAAUGUAUUUGACACAGACUUGAAAGGACUUUCUAGAAUUGAACGUGCAAAUGCUUGCAACUCGGUGAUAAAACAACUUAUGAAGAAAGAGUUUACUCUAGAAUUCUCAAGAGACAGGAAAUCAAUGUCUGUCUACUGCACACCGAACAAACCAAGCCGCACAUCCAUGAGCAAGAUGUUCGUUAAGGGUGCUCCUGAAGGUGUAAUUGACAGAUGUACGCAUGUCCGUGUUGGAAAUGCUAAAAUACUGUUAACGUCAGGAAUUAAGCAGAAAAUAAUGUCUGUUAUUAGAGAGUGGGGAACUGGCAGAGACACGCUGCGCUGCUUGGCUCUAGCAACCCAUGACAAUCCACCCAGAAAAGAAGAAAUGAAUCUUGAGGACUCCUCAAAUUUCAUCAAUUAUGAGACCAACUUGACCUUCGUUGGUUGUGUGGGUAUGCUGGAUCCUCCGAGAAUUGAAGUAGCUUCAUCUAUAAAGCUGUGUAAACAAGCUGGCAUUAGAGUUAUUAUGAUUACUGGUGACAAUAAAGGCACAGCAGUAGCUAUUUGCCGUCGGAUUGGCAUCUUUGUGGAAGAUGAAGAUGUUUCUACAAAAGCCUUUACUGGUCGUGAAUUUGAUGAACUCUCACUAGCUGCCCAGAGAGAUGCCUGCCACCAUGCCCGUUGCUUUGCCCGUGUAGAACCUUCCCACAAGUCUAAAAUUGUUGAGUUUCUUCAAUCUUUUGAUGAGAUUACAGCUAUGACUGGUGACGGUGUCAAUGAUGCUCCUGCACUGAAGAAAGCAGAAAUUGGAAUUGCCAUGGGGUCUGGUACUGCAGUGGCUAAAACUGCUUCUGAAAUGGUUUUAGCAGACGAUAAUUUCUCAACUAUUGUAGCUGCUGUGGAAGAAGGACGUGCAAUUUAUAACAACAUGAAACAAUUCAUCCGUUACCUGAUCUCCUCCAAUGUUGGAGAAGUUGUUUGUAUCUUCUUGACUGCUGCUCUGGGUUUUCCUGAAGCUCUAAUUCCUGUCCAACUGUUAUGGGUAAACCUUGUGACGGAUGGUCUCCCUGCUACUGCUCUGGGCUUUAAUCCUCCUGAUCUUGAUAUCAUGAAUAAGCCUCCCCGCAACCCAAAAGAGCCACUGAUCAGUGGAUGGCUAUUCUUCCGUUACCUAGCUAUUGGAUGUUAUGUUGGAGCUGCUACAGUGGGUGCUGCUGCUUGGUGGUUUAUCGCUGCUGAUGGUGGUCCAAGAGUUACCUUUUAUCAGCUGAGCCAUUUUCUGCAGUGCAAAGAGGACAACCCAGACUUCUCUGGUGUCGACUGUGUGGUUUUUGAGUCUCCAUAUCCAAUGACAAUGGCUCUUUCUGUUCUUGUCACUAUAGAGAUGUGCAAUGCUCUCAACAGUUUAUCAGAAAACCAAUCCUUAAUGAGGAUGCCCCCAUGGGAAAAUAUCUGGCUGGUGGGCGCUAUUUGCUUGUCAAUGACACUCCACUUCCUUAUCCUUUAUGUGGAACCGCUGCCGAUUAUCUUCCAGAUCACACCUCUGAAUGUGACACAAUGGCUGAUGGUGUUGAAAAUCUCGCUACCUGUCAUUCUGCUGGACGAAACACUUAAAUAUGUGGCCCGUAACUACCUGGAACCUGGUAAAGAUAGUGUGCGGCCUGCCACCAAACCAUGUUCUCUGUCAGCAUGCACCGAAGGAGUUUCCUGGCCAUUUGUGUUCAUUACUAUGCCCCUGGUUAUCUGGCUUUACAGCACAGACACUAACUUUAGUGAUAUGUUCUGGUCUUGACUGACAUGGUGACAGUUUUACAUUCAAAGAAAAAGUUUAACUUAAUCAAUUUUUUUAUUGUUUAGAGCAACUGUCUAUUUCUGCUGAAUUUUCACAUGAACAUAUUUGCCGGUGAUGGAGGUUUCAUACUCUAGAUUUUGUUUUUUUGCUUUUUCUGACUUCAGUGGGGGCAAUAUAUUCCUCUUUUAUACACAGUUAAAGUGUCCAUUGACAUGUACAGAGAACUAACACUAUUUUAUGCAAAUAUUUUUUUGUAGAUGAAAAGCAUGUACAGUGUUCUGUUCAAUAGUCUAUUCAUCCUGUAAAAAAGAAAAUUUUUUUUGAGCCAGCGGACACUAUCAAACUAAAUUGGCAGCAGAUUUUAGGGAAUGAAUGUGUGUUGUCUAAAACUAAAAAAGCAUGUAACUGUUUGUCUUUUGCAUGAUCAUCCAAACUUAAUUUGUCAUACAGUCAGGUUUUACUCGAAGCCGAACUUUCCGCACUGGGUAGAGUACUGCUACCUCAGUCAGGAUUUCGUGUUGGUUUGCCCCUCUUCCUGCUCCCUCACUUUUGGUUCUUGACUGUCCUUGUUUACACCAGUUUCUGUAUGAGGUAUGCCUAAUCUUGCUCGUGCAGAAAAUACCAUUCCAGGUGCAGCCUGCUGGGUUCUUCCAUACUCUCAACAUGCAUAGGUUUUUUUAAAGAUUAUUUAUUUAAGUGUCUAUUGUAUUUUAUUGUAACAGACCUUGUUUUGCCAGUGUUGCCCAUUAUGCAGGGAUAGGGAGGGCUACUUCAGUCUACCAAAAUCAAAAGCAAGCCUUUUUACCAAUGCAGCUGGUUUGAAUUCCAAAAGAGGAUUUAAGUUGAGUUUUAAUACCUUAUUUACAUGCAUCAGAUCUGUUUUUUGUUUUGGUUUGUUUCCCCCCCCCCCCCCCCCCUUAAGAUCAAGACUUUUGUAAUCAGACCUGGAAAAAUAACUUGCACUGCAUAGCGAGAAGAAAUUGGAUUUCCUACACUUAGGGCACUAAUGAUCAGUUGUAUACAUGGAGUUACUCUGCUGGCCUGUUGUUAGCCUGACUUGAAGUAACAAGCUCUUGUGUGUGUUUUGUAAAAUCUGUAAAUAGCACAUGACCAAAUUGAACAUAUUGUAUAGAACUAUUUUUAUUUUAAUGUGGCACUAACCACCUUCAUUAUUACGAUAAAUGUUAAAGCAUGUUUUCAAAUUCAGUCCUGUAUCAACAAUGUGUAAGUCAUUAACAGUCCUAACUGUGGUGUUUUUCUCCAAUGCCUUCCAACUUUCAUCGACUAAAGUGAGUAUUUCUCUUCCAUUUCACCAUGCCAGUGGUGACUUGCUGUAAAAUAGCAUAUGCUGUAUACAUGUCAAAGAAUAAAUAGUAAUUUCCUUCAUUCCCAUGCUGUGUUUUGUCAAACUCUGCUGUGCUACAUUAUUAUCACCACUUUAGACUCUGUUUUGUGGUGUGAAGAAAUUACUGAUUCUGAAGGUAAAGCGCUUGCUUUUAUUGUAGUGUAUUUUAGGUCUCACUUUAUAGCACUCAGUCUUAGUGUGCCUCAAGAUCUCGCAGCUUUUGGUCUUAAGUUUGAGAUAAAAUUGGACUAAUGUAACUUAAGACAGUGACAGCUGUUCAUAUGAGUGUUUGGUAUCUAAACCACUCUGGUACUGAUGGUCAGGUGUUGGUUUAUUCGGAUGUUUUCUCCUGCUUUGAAAUACGGGGUGCCCUUCUGAGCAGACUGCCUUUCUCUGUGUUCUGGUAUCUGCACUGCUCAAAAUGCAAGUGCUCCUUUGUGCAAAACAACUCACUGGUUCUAGUGAAUGGAAACACUUUAUAUGGUGGUCAUAUGAAAACACAAAAGAACAGGCUUGACUUAAUAGGGUUAGUCAGCAGGGUUAGUCCUUGUAAAUUGUACUGAGGUCAGUAUGUCUUUGUCGAGUAGCAGGUGUUGUGUUAUCUUGCAUUGGCUCUAAAUCUGCUUUUAAUAACCAGAUUCAAACAGCUUUUUGACUUUUCAUAGAGGAAAAUGAUAGUUCAGAGGUAUGUUCUGUUGGUGCCAGCUGGAAUCCAAUGAGCACAGAUAAUUCUGUAGGUUUCAAGCUUUCAAAUAUAGGUGCUAACCGCAAAAUACACAAACCCUAUUUGAAAUUCCACUCUGUGGUAAAUGAUCACUAUUUAUAUAGGUGUUACACUGGCAAAAUUAGCAUUUAGUUGUUUCAAUUGAUGCAAAAGUGAUACAGGUAGAGUAGCUGGACCUAAUGAUGUGAUAGGUGUGUUGCAGAACUAUAAGCGUUUCGUUCCUGUUGAAUGCCCUAUCUAGCAUGGAGGAACCUGUCUUUGCCAAACUGGAGGUUUUGUACACUGUAAAACCAAUGGUCUGUGCUAGUCAGAUGCUGUAUCGAUAUUAAAUAAGCAAUAUCAGACUGUUUCUUGAAAUAGGAAACUAGUAUGUCCUGUGAUUUAGGAUUCCCUGAGAACAAAAUGAAUCUAAGUACAUUAUUACUAUUUGUCGGACUCAAAUACUAGGAAGCUAGUUCUGUGUGCUCCCAACUUUGUGGCCAAACUCUUUCCAGGAUAGGGACAGCUACCCAAUCUUAGAACACCGGUUACAUGUGUACCUCUAGACUUAGAGCACCAUGUCAGCUGUAGGCUCUCUGUCCAGCACACUCAUCUAUGUGUUGAAGACAAAUCUUGAUGUUUUAAGUGACAUGGAUUUAAAUACUGACAUCCAAGAGCUCACUUGUGUGAAAUGUCUUAGGGCACUGCAUUAGGGCCUUCUGUUUCUUGGAGAUUUAACUGUCAAAGCUAGAUGACUAGGUAAAUGGAGUGGUAUUCCUCCCUCACUGACUGUUUCUGCAACUUCAGGAGCCUGGUUUUAUAGAAAGCUCCUAAAGAGCCCAAGAAAUCAGGUUGUAUAGCCACCUUAAUCCUUGCCCCCCCUUGCCCCCCUCCUUGUGUUUCUACCAGUCUUGCUGUCCAGAUUCUUAUGUUGAAUAGGAGCAAUAAGGUCCUGUAUGAUCAGCACUUACUUACCUGUCAGUCUACCUCAAGUACUUCUGUUUUCCAAAUGUUGCCGCUACGUGAUAGAUGUCAACUUACUGUGGUCUGGACUGGCCAAAUGUUGAGACCUACCAGGAGCUUCCUCCUGCGUCAGUCAAGCAACCUGUCCUCAAACAGCUGUCUCCUGCAAGCUUUCGUGUGAUCCUGGAGCUGAAGUGCUGAGGAUCCAGCCUUAACCUUUCUCCACAUGAGCAGUCUGUGGGAGGCUGCUCAAGUGUACCUCCGUUGGCGUACGGCAGCUAAUGGCUGGGCCUCUUAACUGCCAAACUAGAAAUAUAGUGCAAGGCUGGGGAGGCACCGUAAGCAUUUUAGUUAACACAUUAUUUUCUUUUAACUGUAGAUUUUACCACUUUUUUUUUAAAGCUAUUGGUCUUUACACUUAGAGAAGUCAUAGAGAUGACUCUUCAAUUCAGAAGACUUAUUUGCCAGUCUCAAAGUUGAAGCUCUCACUUAGUAAUUUCUCUGUUCCCUACACAUUUUCUCUCCAGCCUCCUCACAGCACCAGAGUCGGCUGGAGGUAGAAAUGGGACUCCUGAACUUGCAAAGAGGAAUUUCCAGCUGCUAACGGGGGAAAUGAAUACAUACUACAAUACAUCCACUCAGAGGAAUCUAUUUUAAUGUUUGUCCUAUGGACAUAGUAACAUGAGCACUUAUUUAAGUAGCAGCAACUCAAAGCUAACUAGAUUUACCUCUUACACCCAGUUUUUAGAAAAUAAGUCCAUACCUCUUGUUUCCCUUUGCUGUCAUUUCAGUGAGGUUUUCUAUCUCUGUUUUCUGGAUUCAUUAGGAGUCUAACAUCUUGCUACUCAUGCUCUAGUGAGAGAGGAGUACAUAAGAUGGAUAUCAGUCAUAUGAGCUGGGUAACAACUUUUGUAAAGCUUAUGCUGCGAAAAGAGUGGGUUUUGGUGUGACAGCAGGUCCUCCUGAACUAACUGUUCUGUGGGCUGGUCCAAAUCAGAGCAAAGAACAUAGGCAGCUGCAGUCAUGUUAGAAAUGUUUAGGCAAGGGCUUCUGUCUUCCCAGUGCCCUUAGGCCCUCUCUUCUCUCAAAUGUGAGUCAAAGUACUGCUUGUAAGCUACACAACGAGCUGCUCUUUCUUGCUUGCACCCAGGCACUAAAAGUUGUUCAUACUGAUUUGAAAUAAUACUUUAGGAAACAGUAUGAAAGAUGCUGCAAAAAAAAACCCCAUAGCAUUCUGUCAAAAUGCUGCAAGGCUAGUGUUUGUAGGGAGGCCAUUGUGGAGAAGGCUAAUGGUAAGAAAAUGAGUUUUUAAUCUGAUGAUAAAAUGCAGUACAGCAGUCCUGUCAUUGUUCCAAGAACACAGCUGAUGCACAGACUAUAAACAGUAAACAGCUUAAACAGGGAAGAUGGUUGAAUUUGCUGAAAUGAAGGGAGGUAAAACUGAUAAAGUUGUCUGUCUCUUGCACCUGUCUUGUUUACUUUUUGCACUUCUAACCAUUAAUUGUUUCCCUAAUCUCUGCUAAUUACAUCUUUAAUUACAUUAAUAUUAUGCAUUCUCAAAUCUUAGCAGGAGAGCCUACAUUUUAUAGUGUUGAAGCAGUGUUUUGAAGAGCCAACAUAAAGUUCUAGGGAAUCAGAGUACACAGUUCUCUCCUAAACGCAAGGCUAACCUUCUGCUACAGUAAUAGUUUUAUCAUGUUGUACUCUGCCCUUUGCCUAUGCAUUAAUCUGUGUAGUUUAAUGACUUCUUCAAAGCUUUCCUACUGCUUCCCAGAAUGAGCUGCAUAACUUGGAAAAGGGGACAUUUUUAGGUCGCUUUAGGGCCAAACUUACAAUAUAAUGCCUUGAUUAGGAAAAGCUCUUAAUUUGAAUUCAAACUUUGUAGUAUGAGAAUUUGAAAGUAAAAACUGCAAUGAAGUGAGGUGAGAUUUGUCUACUGCCACUAAGCAGGCUGAGAAAUGCAAAAACUAUCUAAACCUAUCCUAUUUUUUUUUCCCAUGUGGUAUUCUGUAGGAAAUUCUGGCUUUGCUGAUCUUAGAGAGCUCUGCUUGUUUCAGAAGAGCUGAGAUUUAAUUCAGAGUGGUCUAGGCUUCAAAAAUAAAGUAACCUGAGAGUGUCCCUUCAAUGACAGAACUGUUAUCAAACUUAACAUUCUUUCUUCUGUCACUGUUGAUCUUAGUCUUGCUUUUAUAAUGAUACUUAGCAUUCAUCCUUUCAUUAACUGAUACCUUUUCUUUCUUUCCUUUUCAGCAAUACUGGAGUAAUCGCUUCCUAAACAAUUUUGCAGAAAUGUAAGGUUGUUUUGUUGCGUGCAUGUGUUUUUAGCAACACAUCUACCAAAACUUCUGCAUGUAUCAUGUAUAAAAAUUCUUUGCUUUCCCUAAAACAAAACUCAUUGUGUUCUCUGUGGAAGAAAUGUGUGGUACCAUUAGGACUUCAUUAUACAGAUGUACAGAUGUGCAAUAUAGCUUACGGAAUUGGAAACUCUCUCCAGGGAAGUUUGGUUUCUUUGCUGCAUGGAGAAGAGUUGAUCCUUGAACAAGAAUUGCGGAGCUGUCAGCCAAUUUUCCAUAUUUCUGUAUGUAAAAUGUCAGUUUAUAAAAUGUACAAUAUUGAAAUAAUGCAUGCCUUCAGUUGUAGACAAAUCUUUCUCUGUAUUGUAUCAUCCAAACAUACUUCUAUAUAACAGCUUAUGUACAAUGCUAUCCUAUUUAUAAGAUUCAUUUUAAAAAAUUACAAAUGUUGAAUGUUAAACUGUAAACCUCCAGUUCAUAACUUCAGAUUUUUUAUCAUGUGUGCAAAUCAACCUAUUUUGCACUGUAAUGUAACUUAUUUAAAUUUAAGGCAGUAAGACAGAUGUUGGUGCAAUACAAAAUGUUGUGAUGCAUUUAUCUAAAACGCAACAACCAACUUAGCCAGUUACCACAACUGCAUGUAUGACCUUUAAAAGUUGUAAAUAAGAUCAGUUGUCUAUUUACAUGCUGACAGUAACAAGCAUCACACCUAGUUUCAUUUGUAUCAGGUAAAUAAAUUUAUUCUACAAUACAUACUUUGCGUGUUAUUUUAUGCACUUUGUUUUCUGCAGGUACAUAUGUACAUUCUUCAGUGCUAUCUUAUAUUAAGGCCAGGAUGACACUUAACUAGCACCAACAGCAUCGCAGUCUUUCCUCCUAGAACUAUGCAGAUGCCAGCUGCUCUUCCGGCAGUAUUGACCUCCUCGCUGGUGUGAUUUUUUUUUUCUUUUUUUUUUUUUUUUUCUUCUCUGUCCAGGGGCUUGUGUGUGUGUUUAAGGGACACUGUCAAGUACUUUGAUCACUCAAUUUUUUUAAAAUGCUCCAUUGUUUGUAAAAUCCCUCUGAGAAACUUAAAAUAAACAUUUCUUUCCCAACUA